AUGGCUAUUAUCAAUCUUAAUAGUUGUUUUAAAACUAGUAGUGAUUUAUAUUUGAAAAUUUUUACAAAUGCCAAGCAUCGAUGGCAUAGGAACAUCAGUGUAAUACUGAAAAAAUUGGUUCCAUGGAUUCCUUUAUUGAUUUAUGGACUCUUCGUAGGAAUAUUAAUAUGUUUUUUUAUAAUACAAAAAGAUAAAGUCUUAAUAGGAUUAGAGAAACUUAUACAUAAAAUACAAACUAUGGGAAUUGGUUUAGGUUUCUUGAUAUCUUAUUUUGCUGCCCUAACCGGUGCUGUCACUGUAUUCUGGUUGAGUAGAAGAUGGUUUAAAAAACCUGUUAGAAAAUGGUUGAAUAGGAAUAAAUCGAUGAGUGCUGUUGUUAGAGCUGUUGAAAAAAAAGCACCUUAUCCUUAUAAUAUACUCAACAUGCUACUUUCGGCUACUCAUUUAUCUUUACCAACUUUCACUGCCGCUACUGCUUUAUCCCUAUUUAAACUCAUGAUUCAUGUUUGGAUAGGAACAAAAAUGUCUUCAUUUUCUGCUUUUUCUACUCAUAUUGGAAUAAUAUCUACUAUCAAAGAAGUUGAAGAUGAAAAUGGUGGUGAAUAUAUAUGGUUGGAUGGUUAUGAAAUUAAUGAUGUUGGUGAUAACGUAAUGUUAUUAGGUACUGGUGAAAUGAGAUAUAGAAGAAAUUCUAUCGCUUUCUGUGAUGAAGUUGAAAGUGAUUCUAAUAUAAAUCUUAAACCGCUUUUCAAUGAAAAGGAUUCUAUCCAAAUGCAAAGUAUAGUAGCUUCGUGA